UCAAAAGCGCUGCAGCGGUUGACAGUUCAUCGUCACCGCUUACUCAGCGUUACAACAUGUUUGACGACGAUGAACACGGCCAAUACCUAAAUUCAUGAAAAGAAGAAUGUCUGGUUUAAAAUUUUUUUUAUUAUAUAUUUUUUGAGUUUUUAAUUAUUCUAUUUAGGCUUCAUUUUAUGCAUAUAAAAAUUAAAUAUUUUGUGUUACCUUUUCUUGUAAAUUGCUUUGGUGCCUUCUUGAUUAAUUGAUUAGGUAUUAUCUAAGUUAAUUUACGAAUCUGUCUCAACAAACAACACCUUAGAAGUAUAAAAUGUUUACUUUUAUUAUCUUAAUAAACUUUGUAUUAUGUAAAAUGUAAUUUAUCAAAACUCCAAAUAAUUUAUUUAAUAUCAUUAUUUCAAAACUUUCUAAUCAGCAAUCAUUUUUUCUAUUAAAAUAUUAUCAGUUGAUUUUUAUACCUAUUUAAUUUUCAUUCAUCAUGAUUCUAGAUAUUAUGUUAGGAGUUGUGGCAGCUGGUUCAUUAACAGCACUGUGUCUAGUGAGUUUCAAACUGUACAUAAAGUUGACUACAGGAAUAUGUUACAGUCAAGUAUGCUUGAGGGGAAAAACCACAAUUGUAACUGGGGCCAACACAGGUAUUGGUUACCAAACGGCUAUCGACUUUGCCAAAAGAGGAGCCAAGGUCAUAUUGGCGUGUCGUGAUGAAACUAAAGCUAGGGAAGCAGUCAGUGAGAUAAUUAAAGAAACAAACAACUCUAAUGUUGUAUACAAAUUAGUAGAUUUAACGAGUUUUACAUCUGUGAGGAAGUUUGCCAAUGAUAUAAAUUCUAGUGAAGAAAGAUUGGAUAUAUUGGUAAAUAAUGCUGGAGCAGGGCGAUUGGGCAAUAAGUUAACUGAAGAUGGAAUUGCCAUAGUGAUGCAAACAAACUAUUUUUCACAUUUCUUACUAACAAUGCUACUUGUAGAUCUCAUGAAAAAGCAUCCAAGCAGGAUCGUAAAUGUCUCUGCAGUAGGGGCAAGUGCUGGCAAAAUAGAUUUUAAGAAACUCACAUCAUUCACGACUGAAGCCAACCAGUAUAUAGUAACAAAACUAUGUCAAAUAUUAUUUACCAUUGAAUUUGCCAGAAGAUACAAAAACACUAAUAUAACUGCUUAUUCUCUACAUCCGGGUGUCAUCAAAACAGAAAUUUUCAGAAAUUUAUCUCCGAUUUUUAGAUGGUUUAUUUUGUUUUUGAUUGACACAUUUUUUAAGACUGCAAGGGAAGGAGCCCAGACUCAAAUCUACUGUGCCAUAGAAAACGGGUUAGAAAAAUACAGUGGUGAACAUUUUCAUGAUUGUAAAAUGGUUAAAAGAUACAAAAGUGCUAGAGAUCCAUCUUUAGCAGAAAAAUUGUGGCAAGAAAGUGAAAGAAUUGUCAAACUUCGGUCUGUAGAAGAUCAGAUUUAGAUUCAGG